AAGGCUCGAAGAGCUGCCCGCUUUGGAAUUUCCUAAGGAGUUUGGAGCUUGCAACAUCCCCCAUUCCUCUUCGUCCUCUCGGUGGGACUGUGUGCGACUGCAAGCAGAUUCGCAGCAUCCUCCUCGGGCCUCCGUCGCUUGCUGGCCGGUGCCUCUCCUUCCUCGGCCUGCCUCCUCCUCUGGCCUCUUCCUGGUGAUUGGCGAAGACUGAAACAACAAGAGGCUUGUAGUUGAGACUCGCGCUCACAGUCACAGUCACAGUCACAGCCUCAGCCUCAGCCUCAUUCAUACUCGCAGAUUCACGGGCAAUUGAAAUAUAUGAAGAAGUGAGACCACAAGUCUGCAAUAGAAAGUUUGAAGAAACCCUGAGUAUCAAGCUCUACGAUAUCUGCACAACAAGGAUAACGAAGAGAGAGAGAGAGAGAGAGAGAGAGAGAGAGAGAGAGAGAGAGAGAGAGAGAGAGAGAGAGAGAAAGAGAAGCUUAGAUCGAUACAUGAGGAUCAGGAAGAAUGCGAAGAUUUCUUCUCUCAUGCUUUCGCAUGCUUCGACUUCUUCUGUGCCGCUGCAAACACAUGUGUGCCAGCUAAACCAGUCACCGUGGGAUGUAAUUACCUUCCCUUCUGAUUCGACCUCCUUAUCAUGCUUCCCCGCGUUAUCGUUCCCGCUGCAGGGCGAAGGGGACGACAACAUCACUGUGAAUGGGAGCUUAGGAGAUUCUAUUGGAGCUGUUGAGAGCGUUGCUUCGAUGAGGAUAUCACUCGACAGUACUAAAGAAGAAAAGCCAAACCCAAAACCAAGGCUUUAUCCCAUGGAGGAGAAGGAUACUACAAAGAAGAGAGAAAAAACAAUAGUGGAUGUGCACAAGUUGGACACCCAAUUCGGGUUCAUUAGAGGGGGAGAAGGAGAGACUAUGACCAAGACUGUUGCUAUUGCGUUGUGUUCUAAAUCAGAUGGGAGGGGUUGGCACUGCAAGAGGGAAGCUAAGCAAGGACACACCUUGUGCGAGCAUCAUCUCGCACAACUUAGGUCUUACACGACCAACCACACAUCGAGCCGAAAGACUGAGAAAAUGAUGGCGUCGGGCACUGUGGCAGUAGCUCACACUAUCACCACCACCUCUUGUCGUCGCCCCAAUCGCAAGAAGCCUUUGAUUUCCACAAACCCCCAUGAAUUCUACUACUAUUCUGGGUUUGGGCCUUGGUGGGGGAAGAAGAGAGGUGGCAAUACUAGCGGAGAGUCAAACAAGACUGUUGCCUCAGAGGCCGCCGCGGGAACUGCUUCCUCCUCUUUGUCUCAAAUGAGUCAAAUCUAUGAUAAAACUGAAGAGCUUGACUUUGUAGAUGACAUUGAUGAUGACGAUAGAGAGGGGAAUGAUGGAGGUGGACGGAAGAGAACUCGAAAGCCAGUGAAGGCGAGAUCACUGAAAUCUCUUAUGUGAAGGAGGGUAGAUCAGAGGUGGAAGAGUAGGGGUUUUGGGUUUGGAGGUGUCAUGAUUAUCGUAAAUUUUUUUAAAGACUUUGAAUUGGAGGGUUUUAGGUUAAGGUAAUACGAUAAUUUGGUUUAGUGCUUAAGUUGUUGUUUGUAUUUUGUGGUGGGUAAGAGUAGAGUUUCUCUUGACCAUGAUCGGAUGAGAAUUAUAGGGUGUGAGUUGAGUGGACUAGGAGAGUGUUUGGUCAAAUCCUCCAUGGAUAAGGAUAAUCUUGUAAAUUAUGCUAUUUGACAUGGAGUAUGCAUUUAUGGAAGAAAAUGUUAUUUUAUUUUA